AUGGGAAUUCGACAUCGUCGGCCGCAUGGUUUCUGUACCUGCUGUGACAGCUCCACCACCACCGCAAUGCACACACUUUGAAUUCCAGCACUUCGAACAAUAAUGUGGCAGUCGUUCGUGAUUGCGUUCCUUCUGGUGGCCAUGGGAGCCGUGGGCGUGUACUUCGUCCGUCGGUUCCAAGCUCCCGUCCACGAAACGUAUCAGCCGUCGCCGUCGCAGCUCCUGCUCGGGUAUCGCGCCUUCCUCGUGGUGCUGUUCGCCGUGGCCUUGUUCGGGUACAACACGCUGCCGUUCGCGUGGGUGUACUACACUGUCUGGAACCUCACAUUGCAGCUCGUGUACUUGGUGUGGGCGACAGUCCAUCAGUUCCGCCACCGCGCCGUCACAGGGACGGCCGUGCCGACAACCGCCGAAAGCCGCGCGCUCAACACGUUCUUCGACGUGUGCUUCUCCGUGAGUUUCCUCGUGUGUAUGGUGUACUGGGGCGUCGUGUACCCGUCCCGCGUGGACAAAACCAUCAAGAUCAUGUCCGUGUUCCAACAUGGGAUCAACUGCAUCUUCCUAAUGGGGGAGUUUGCCCUCAACGGGUUCGUCGUGCGCAAAGCCACGCUCGGCUACAUCCUCAUCCUCCCCGUGCUCUACGGCGCGUUCUCGUGGAUUGGCCACGAAACCUGGAACGACGGGUUCUGGCCAUACAAGUUCCUAGACAUCUCCAGCCAGGCGUCGCCGCUGUGGUACGUUGGCACGUUCCUCGUCCAUCCGGUUCUGCUGCUGGGAACCCUCGGCCUCUCCAAACUCAAGACGCGAUGGCGCCCCGCCCUCUGCCCCGUCGUAUUCGACCCGACGUUGCCCCUAACCCCCAAAGACGACGACGACAACGUCACGCCGGCGUAAACAAGACCACUAAACCCUGUCUCUUGAGUAGUAGUAUAUGUGUAUCUCGAGUG